ACAAAUUACUUAUCAAUAUCAUUCUAAAUUAAAUCAUACAUGCUAAGAAAACGGAUAGUUUCCAUUAAGUUAACUUUUAAUAAAAUUAAAAGAUCAGUGAAAUAAGGAACGAAAUGAAUCCCAAGAUAUAUAGCCUUGCAGUUGUUAUCAUACAUUAUCUAUUUUUCGUCUCCGUUGUUACGAGUCAAGAAACUGAAGAUCCUUCGCUGUUGUCGGAUGACCCAGCCGAAGCUGUAGUAUACGUCAGGAAAUGUCGGUGCCAAGUCACGGAAGUAUUAGACUCCUCUGGUCAGUGUGUUGAACACCCAUUUCUGGUAGAUGCGAACCAGAAAUCCCAUUUUAAUACUACAGUCAAAGACCUUUCUUGUCUACCCCCACUGUUUACCGUUGUCUUAAGCCAGGAAGAGUUUUCUCCUGUUGAGGGUGGUGAGAUUUACGUUCCCUUGAUGAACUCUUUCCUGUCUUAUGAAGAUCAUUGCCUGGAGUACAAGGACAAUGUGUUCGGAAACAUUAAUAUUGAGGCCAAGGUCUGUAUUACCGCCCCUGUCAUACCCAUUUGCUGUCCAGGGGGAGUAAUGCCCCAGCGGGAUUCAGACGGAGCUGUUAUCUCGUGCGGAUCCUCGUCUGAAUCACCCACAUCUGAUUCCAUAUUCACCAGUGGUAAAGAUUUACCAGCACCUAUUCACCAUAGCAUGGACUUUAGACUACCGGUUUAUGUUGGCGCUAAUACUGUUGACUUUGGGGUGGUGCCCACCGUAGUAUCUUCUAUAUCGUGUAGUGAUGGAAAAAACCUAACCACAACAAAUCUGGGGUGGACAGACCAAGCUGUUGUCACGUACGUUGCAGACGGUACCUCGCUGGAAUGGAAGAGUCCGAACGGUCAAAGUGUCACUCUAAACCCUGGGGAGUUUUGCCUCGGGAAAGCGGAUUCAGACGGCAGCCGCUAUGUAGGGUUCUUCUGUUACCAGAACCCUCUCGACCUGCAUCAACAGCAGUGUCGCAACCGCACCUGUGUACGCAAAUGCUGUGAUGCCGAUUCCGUGUUCGUAGGUAGAGAAGGGUGCACAAAAGUAGAUGAACCCAGCGAGUGGUUACCAGUAAUCCACAACCGCGAAACUAUGCAACCCUUGCACUACAACGUGACAGUGACAGAAGUCUACGGAUUUCCCAUCUGUGGAGAGUUCUUUGAUUUGGACUCUUCUGAACCCUACGUACUGACGGAUGAUGGUCAUUUAACCCUUUUGCACGGAGUUUCAUACGCAGCCCACCGGUACUGCGUGGAUAACUUGCUGGACGACAAUAACUCCAGUAGUCGCAUCGCGGUGGUCUGUUUCGACCACCAAGAGAACACAGACUCGUGUUAUUGGCAGAAAAUCUUAAAGAGCGUGGCUUUGGCUCUGUCAUGCAUCUUUAUAUUGGCCACGCUCUUCGUCUACUUCAGCGUCACCGAAAUCUUCAGGAGGCUCCCCAGCAAAUGUGUUCUUUCUCAGAGCUUCGCUCUCCUGCUCUCCUUCCUCUGCCUGAUAUCCUUGCAGGCUCUUAGUACCGGCGAAUCCACUCCCUUUUGCAUUGCUACAGGUCUGUUGUUCUACUAUUCCACCCUGGCUUCAUUCUUCUGGCUGAACGUCAUGUGCUUCGACAUGUAUUUCACAAUCAAGUCCAUCGUGCCGGUGUCGGAGUGCGGCAGUCACCUCAAGUUCUUCGCGCUGUACUCCCUCUACGGCUGGGGGCUGCCCCUGCUCUUCCUCGUCGCCGUCUGCGUCGUCGAUAACUUGCCUCUUGAUCUCGCACACUUCCACGUCAUCAGGCCCAACAUCUUCUCGGCCUGCCACAUCCCCAACCAAGGCGCGGGUUCGUACACUCUUUCUGCCGGCCACCUGCCCAACCAGGGUGAGUCUGCCGCCAUCAUCAGGUUCAACAUCUUCUCGGCCUGCCACAUCCCCAACCAAGGUGAGUCUGUCACCACCAUCAAACCCAACAUCUUCUCUGCCUGCCACAUCCCCAACCAGGGUGAGUCCGCCGCCACCAUCAGACCAAACAUCUUCUCUGCCUGCCACAUCCCCAACCAGGGACACGUGCUGCGUGUGGUGGGUGACACGUGCUACGUGUGGCUGGUGACUGACGUCAUCAACGCCCUGCGCGGUCUCUUCAUCUUCGUCAUCUUCGUCUGCAAGCAUGGUUCUGUUGUGGGGGUUGUAUGGAAUGAAUCCGAGGAAACUCCGAUUUUCUAA